AUGUUUCCUUCCAAGCUCCUUCUUGCCGCUGCUUUCGCUGCUUCAUCUCACGCAGUUCCCGUUGAGGACACUCACACUCUAACGCGCAGGGCAAAUGUCCCCAACCAACCACCUGCCAUUCCACCAAACGAGGGCGACUGUAAUUUCCAGUUCUUCACGCAGAAAAUAGAUCACUUCGGCCAGCACAACGGCACCUUUCAGCAAAAAUACAAUCUGGUUACGGACUUUUUCAAGCCAGGCGGGCCAAUAUUCUUCUAUCAAGGAGAAGAGCAAACUUAUCUUGACUGUGUUGAUACCAGUAUCGGCUAUAGCUGGGCACAAGAGACCAAUGGCAUCGCUGUGGUUCUGGAGCACCGCUAUUUUGGCCAAAGCUCGCCAUUCAACGCUACAGACCCGUCCACGCAGCAGAGGGAAUUCCAAUAUCUUUCGCUCGACAAUGUGAUCGCUGAUGCUACCAGCUUCUUGAGCUACCUCAAAAUGAAUGUUACGGGUGCUGAGGACAGUAAAGUCAUAGUCUACAGUGGUUCAUACGGUGGCUUCCUUUCCACCGUCUUCCGUCAAAACCGCCCAGAUGACUUCUUCGGGGCGAUAGCCUCAGCCCCUCCUAGUCAUGGUAUGGGAAACGACACCAAAACGCCAGGCUGGUACAACUGGAACAUAUGGUUAAACAAUGUCUAUUACGACCAAUCCGCCGAAGGGGCAAGCAAGCUCAAGAAUGCCAUUAGGACUCUCGAGCAGCGUUGGACUUCUGGAACAAACCUUUCGUCCCUGAAGAACGAGCUUGGACUAUGCUACAAGCCAAAUAUCGACGAGUUCGGCGCUUUUAACAAUUUGAUUCAAAAUGUGAUGAGCAAUAAUGCUGAAUUCAACUAUGCAACAGUCCGUGAUGGACGAUCUGCAAUUGCGUGGCCACUUGAGAAGGUGAUCAAUAUUACCUUGACGCAGGACGACCCCAUUCAAAUCAUUAACGAGACCCUUUGGAUUUGGUUUGGGCCAUCACCGGGCACUAACCUCGAUUUACCAUGUCUCGAUUACCGAAACACCAACUCUCUGUAUGCUUCUGUACCUCUGAUCCAGCAAGAGGUCUUUUUAUAUUGCGCUUGUAAAUAUGUUCCGGUGUACGGAGUUGGCGAUGUGCCCAGUGGGACGAUAUUCGUGCAGAGCAGCGGAGGAGCCAAUGAGACUUCUAUUUGUGACCAAAGCUACAACAUUUCCACCCCUUCAGCAUCCAAGCUGAUGGAACAAUACAAGUACUCCCCACAGCACCUUCUCAACUCGACGCGCAUCAUCUGGUCUCUGGCUCAGUACGACCCGACGAGCGGCGUCUCUCCCAAUCAGCCGGGCAUCAACGCGCCCGCCAUGAGUGUGGACAGGAACGUGAGCCGGAUAUUGUACACGUCGAACAUGGCACAUCGUGAGGAUUUGUUUGCGCCUGAUCCAAGUGACAAGGAUACAGUCGUCCAGACCAGAAAAAUUGAACUUGAAUCCAUCAAGGCGUGGCUAGGCUGGUACGAGUGA